AUGUACCCAAUCAAAAGCUCGUACUACCCCUAUUUAGGUCUGUUUCUCUUUCUAUGCAGCAGCUGCGUAGCGCUCGUUCAGUUCUUCAAACCUACCGACUUGAAAUGGUCGCCUGGCACAAAGAGAUGGGGAAUGCCACCAGGGCCACCAGGCGUACCGGUCUUGGGAAACUUGCACCAGAUGAUGGAAGCCCGCCGUCGCGGAGCCCUUUCAUUCAAUAAGUGGCUGGCCUCCUUGAUACCGUACGGUGAAAUGGUGACACUGCACAUGGGAUCCAAGACGUGGGUUGUGCUCAACUCGGACCGCGUCGUCUCAGAAAUCAUCGCCAAGCGAGGGAAGAUUACCAACGAGAGACCCCAUAUGCCGGUCGCGAGUGGUCUUGUGAGCAACGGAAAGCGCACAGUGAUACGGCAAGAAGAAGAAUGGCAAGAGGGACGCCGUGUGAUGCAUCAGUUGCUCAGCGGCUCGAAUCUCAAAGUCUACGCCGGCAUGCAGGAGCUCGAGAGUGUGGACAUGCUGCGCCGAUAUCUUCGGGAGCCCAAUCUGUGGUAUGCUCACAACUAUCGCUAUGCCACAUCCGUGCUUUACAUGAUCGUUAUGGGCUACCCCCUGAACAAGACCAAAGCAGAGCUCGACGACUAUCAGAGGGUAACAAUCAAGUUUGUCAUGAGCAUCAACCGGAGCUACGUGGAUUUCUUCCCUUCGCUCAGCAAGCUCCCUCAUUUCCUACAGCCUUGGCGGCGUUUCUGGGCUGAGAUGGGCUCGUUCCACCGCCGUGUCUUCCAGGAAUGGUGGAAGCCCAUCAAAACCGCCGUGAGUAACGGCUCGGCGCCGCCCUCAUUCGUCCGCGACGUUCUUCUUCAUCCAGAUAUGAGGUACGCUGGAGACGAUGAAGAGGCCAUGUACCUAGCUACGUCUGUUAUGGCAGCCGGCGGAGACAACACACGCAUGACGAUUAACGUGUUUAUAAUGGCCAUGGCCACGCGCCCCGAAGCCCAGGCACAGGCACGUGAGGAAAUUGAUCAAGUGUGCACGGAUGGUGAAUCGCUCAGGCUUCCCCGGAUGUCUGAUCUGCCGGCAAUGCCCUACGUAGCUGCUAUGAUCAAAGAGGUUCUACGCUGGCGACCAACUGUCCCCAUUGUUCCACCCCACCAACUCACCGAGGACCUGGAGUUUGACGGGUACUUCAUCCCUGCCGGCACAUCCUUCCUGAUCAACUCAAUCGGGUUGUCGAGCGAGUUUGACAAUGCCAAUGAAUUUCAGCCCGAGAGAUGGAUUGCCGGUUCAGGAGUCAAUAAGAUACCCAACUUCUAG